AUGGCAGUCUUGUUCCUUUUAUUUCUCCUGGGGUUGACGGUACCCCUAGCAAAGAGCACGAAUCAGUACAGCAUCAAACACACAGGAGAUCUAAUCCUGACAAAUCAGUUGAACAGUUUAGUAAACGCAAGAGUGGUUCCAAAUGAAAAUACAUUUAAUUUAGAAAUAGAUAAGUUGAUAAAUUUCCCAGUGCAGUGUAUCCCGCAUAGUGCAGUGGAUUACAACUCCGAAAGGAAGAAGAAGCCAAUUUAUUUUGUAAAACAUGAAUUCAAGAAUUCUCUACAUUUAUACAAAAAUAAUGUGAAUCUGUUGGCUUUAAAUUUUCCAGACAAGUUCUACAUAGUGGGCAUAGCUGCAAAUAAUGGGUUCGUCUUAAUGAUAACAGAUGUGGACAUUUACAAAAUAGAUGCAAAGAAGAAAAAAAUAUCCUUGAUGAAUGUGAUUGCACAAAAAUAUGCAAACAUAAUGAACAACAAGGAAAUGUUCUUCACAGGUAUCGUUGCCGAUUCACAGGAAAAUCACUUCUUUGUUAUUGCUUCUAUUAAACAAAAUUACUUUAUCCUCCAUGUCAAGUACAAUGAACAGGAUGAUCACAUAGAAAUUAUUAAUGUAAUUGAGACUAUUAAUGGGAAGAAGAUAAGGAUAUUGAAUGGAUUAGCAGUGCUAGAUAACAGUUUGUUCAUCACAGAAAACGCGGAAAAUGUUUUCAGGUUGACACUAAACAGGAGCAACAACUCUGUACAAGCUAAGAAGUUACAUACUUUUUCGAAUGGAAAUAAAAUAGUCGGUCUCAGUGCCAAUGUGAUGCCUGACGAGGAGGAUACAAAUAGUAAGAAGGUCUAUCUUAUUGUCAAUGUAAAGCACGUGACGAAUGAUAAACCCUCAUCAGAAGGAAAACUUUACCUUAUGAACAUAAAGAAGAACGACUCGGUUGACGUGUACACUGUGUUGGAUCUUUACAGUAAGGAUAUAAAUUCGUUGUAUUUCUCUAUCUACGAUGUCCACCUGGUAAAUGAAGAGGAAGAAUAUGAAAGGGGAGCUCUCACAAAAGAACUUAACAAUAAUAAAGCGAAAUUCUUAAAUUUGGAUAGUGCCACCACGAACAACGCUACCACUGAUAGUGAAACAGAGAUGGCAGAAAAGAAACGAAAAGAAGAGGAUGCCAAAUAUAAGCUAACAAUUUUGUGGACUAAUAAUUACAACUGUACUGUUAACAAAGGAAUUAUCGACUUGAGGAAUGUAAAAGAAGGUGCAGGUGGUAAAGAAGCUAAAAUACCAUUUGCCAGCAUUACGAACCAAUAUGCAUUGGCACCCCACAUUACCUGUGCAAGUAGUUGCUCCGGAAAGGAAAAAUUAUUCAAGGACAUGUGUUACUACGAUUCAGUGAAUAACUAUGUUAGUAUCCUUAGCAAGGGAGAAGAGUACAAUGAACAUUACAGUGGUAAUUUCCUCUUCGAUGGACUGAAAAAUUUUAUUGCAUUUGAUUAUAAAUCACAUAUGGAUGUACACGUUCUGACGUACCCCAUGAACAACACCGUGUAUGUUCAUGCAGACAAAAUAAAUUUUACCAUAAAUUUGCCAAAGCCUUUCGGAUUAUGCAUGGACAUAUACAACAGCACAGAAAAUAAUGUCAUCGUGUACAUUACAGGAAAUGAUGAUGCGCAAAAUUACAUAAAUAGGUGUGUCAUUAACAAGGCGGAAGAAUCCUACCAGUGCUAUAACGUGUUCAGGAAGAAGAAUGAAUCGAAUGAGUACUUCCAACACAUAUCGUUUAUAACGUUCGAGGAAAGCAUCGGUAACAGAGUUAACUAUAUCUACGUAACGAACAAUAAGACACAUAUUUAUAAAAUGACAAAACAGAAUGAGAAGUGGUUAUUUGAGGAAUGGCUGAAUUUGGAUGAUCCGAACCAAAGGAUUGGUCCAAUAACAACUUCCGUGAACUAUUUUUUUGUUAAAGAAAAUGUCCUCGAUAAUUUCCUGCGCAAAUAUCCGCAGAAAAAAUUGCUCGCAAAAUUCCAAAAGCCUAACCAGGACGACCUGCAUAUCACGGAAGAUGGCUACAUUUUUCUAACCACAUCUCACACGGUUAUCUUCGUGUCUAAUCAUGAUUCAUACGGCCAAGACAGUAGCUCCAGCAUCCACUUUUACACUUCCAUACUGAAGGAGAAGUACUACCAAUCCUUUGCUGUCGACAGCUUAGUCUUCAACAUAGAGAACAACUCCAAGUUCAAUUACUAUUUGGAUUACUGA